UAUAUAUUGUGAAUAGAAAAAUUAAAACAAGUUUUGGUUGACAGAUGAAACCUACUUUAUCAACGACAAAGCAAAUUCCAAGUGCUUCAAAUGUUGAUAUAUCUUCGAAGAUAUGGUCAGAGAAUGAAGGUUGUCCUUCUGGAACUGUUCCCGUCAAAAGAGUUACCAAAGAUGAUCUUAUUAGACAAAGACGUAUACCGCCGCCAGAAGAUUUAACAUUGGAAUCUCAUUUAGAGGAUACUAACCACAUUUUGGAGGAAACUGGAGGAUACAAGCGUGCAAUUGUUCAUACUCCAAGUGAUCCAAAUAACAAGUUUGCGGGAGCUGCAAUGGUAGCUAGUAUAUGGAAUCCUUCUGUUGAAGGUCAACAAAGUAGUGCGUGUCGAUUGAAGAUUCAAAAAGGACAAGAUAGUAUGCAAGUUGGUUGGAGAGUGGAUCCAACACUAUAUGGGAAUAAUCAUACAAAGUUUUUUAUACAUUUCCAAGCUGGAAAUACACAUUGCUUCAACACAUUAUGUCCUGGUUUUGUAUUAGUAAACAGUGACAUAUAUCUUGAUGCUGAAUUCGACCAUAUUUCUCGCCGAGGGGAUGAAACACAAUGGGAGAUUUUUUUGUACAUUGAUCGGGAUAUAGCAAACGGAAACUGGUGGCUUUUAAUAGGAGAAAAUCAGACAGCAGUUGGAUUUUGGCCUCCAGGGAUUUUUACCGCAUUAUCAAACGACUUUGCUACGAAUAUUGAGUGGGGUGGAGUGGCAUAUACUCCGCCAGGUGUACCAUAUCCUCCAAUGGGGACUGGAUUUUUUCCUGCAGUUCCAAAUCCUACACUCGAUGCUUAUUGUAGGGGACUUAUAGUUUUUAAUAAUAAAGGCGAGACGAUAAAUGCAGAAAAAACACCCAUAUUUCUUGACAAUCCAAUAUUGUAUCGGGUCAUUGAUGAACCACAUGGAGGACCUGAAAAUUUUCCACAUUAUAUGUUUUAUGGGGGACCAGAUGAUACACAUAUGUAGAAUUAUUGUAAUUAUGAUUUAUCUUUGCAAAAUUCUAUUUAAUCAUGUUCAUUAAUUUGCGGUUGAUAAAAUCACAAUCAUCCAACCUCUUUAUGGAAGUUUAGUGC